AGACUUGUGGAUCAGAGGAACACACCCAGUGACAUCAGGAGGUCUGAAGGAGAACGUCUCUCUGAGCAGCAGCAGGAACCGGAGGAGCCGCAGCUCGGACCCGUUUCUGUCCCUUUCACACGGUUUCAGCUCCGCGUCCACGAGCCACACGCUCCGGGACCGUGCGUCAAAGUGCGUGAAGCGGAACGAGGACGCGCAGAGACGCAGGAGGAUGUCAGCUUCAGAGGAGACGGACGGGCUCCGGCCCAGAUACGGCUCUGUCCUGGAUGCUGUGGAGCGUCUCACGGCCGAGGAGAUGGACGAGCAGCGGCAGCAGAACAUGGCCUACGAGUACCUGUGUCACCUGGAGGAGGCCAAGAGGUGGAUGGAGGCGUGUCUGGACGAGGAGUUACCUCCCACCACAGAGCUGGAGGAGGGGCUAAGGAACGGCGUCUAUCUGGCCAAACUGGGAAACUUCUUUGCCCCACGAACCGUCUCCCUGAAGAAGAUCUACGACCGCGAGCAAACACGCUACAAGGCCACAGGUCUCCACUUCAGACACACUGAUAACGUCAUCCAGUGGCUCAACGCCAUGUCUGAGAAGGGGCUGCCGAAGAUCUUCUACCCAGAAACCACAGACAUCUAUGACAGAAAGAACAUGCCACGCUGCAUCUACUGCAUACAUGCACUCAGCCUGUACCUGUUCAAACUGGGCCUGGCUCCUCAGAUCCAGGAUCUGUACGGAAAAGUGGAUUUCACCGAGGAGGAGAUCAACAACAUGAAGAGCGAGCUGGAGAAGUAUGGAAUCCAGAUGCCGGCCUUCAGCAAGAUUGGUGGGAUCCUGGCCAAUGAGCUGUCGGUGGAUGAAGCUGCAUUACACGCUGCUGUGAUCGCCAUCAAUGACGCCAUCGACCACGGCGUACCAGAGGGCACGCUGGCUGCCAUGGAGAACCCCAACGCCAUGCUGGUCAACCUGGAUUCCAACUCUGCUCGCCAGUACCACGACACGCUGUACCAGGCCAAGGGAGCGAAGGUUGCCAGCUCACGCAAACGGCAAAUGGAAAAUGCCGACGCAGAGAGAGACGUCUACGACGAGCUCCUCACUCAGGCUGAAAUCCAGGGCAACGCCAACAAGGUCAACGUGAGCAACGCUCUGAGAGCAGCUGAGGAGGCUCUGCUGAGCGGGAACGAGGAUCAGCUGUACGAGGCGCUCAGAGCCAUGGGCCUUCAGAACCUGCAGCCGCAGAACAAAGGCUGGUACCUGAAACAGCUGCAGGCCGACAGGGACAAUAAAGAGCAGACGUCUCCAGGAGAAGCUCUGACUAAGGACGAGUUGCAGAGCGGCGUGCACGUGGCCAAUGAGGUUGCAGAAGGCUACCUGAAGAUGUUGAAGGCAGUGGAACGUAUCAACGCUGCAGUCAGAGCGGGAGAACCAGAGAGAACGGUGGAGGAGCUGAUGAACCCUGACGCUCAGCUGCCAGACGUUUACCCCAACGCUGCAGACCUGUACCAGAGGGAACUGAGCAGUCUGCAGCAGCAGAGUGCAGAGGGCUCUCUGUCCCACCCCGAGCUGCUUGUUGCCGUGGAGAUGCUGUCAUCAGUGGUGCUCAUGAACGAGGCGAUGGAUGUGGGGGAUCGAGCUGCUCUCUGGAAACAGCUGUCCAGUCCUGUGGCUGGGCUGAGCAACGUGGAGGACGACUACGCUCAGAGGUACAUGGAGGAGCUGAUGCGUCUCAAAGCGGCGGAGCAGGGCGGAGACUAUCUGACCUGGAGCGACAUCCAGGCGUCCGUGGACCAGGUGAACCUGACGGUGCAGGAGGAGCAUGAGCGCAUCGCUGCCAUCGGGCUGAUCAACGAGGCGCUGGAUGAAGGCGACGCCAUGAAGACUCUGGCCAUGCUGCAGAACCCCUCGGCCAAGCUCACUGACGUGGACCCGUCUGUGGCUCAGCACUACCACGACAAACUGCUGGAGGCCCGCAGAGAGAAGGCCCAUGAGACUCAGGACCCGUCUGCUGUUCUGUGGCUGGACGAGAUUCAGGACGGUGUUCUGAGAGCGAACCAGGACACACAGGAGGCCAUACAGUUCGCUCAGUCCAUUCAGGACAUCAACCGGGCGGUGGACAGCGGUGAAGCGUCUCAGACCCUCGCUGCUCUGCGGAACUCGGGGGCGGGGCUGUACGGAGUCACUUCAGAGUGUGCUCGGACGUACCAGGACGACCUGACCUCCAUCAAACAGGAGAAGAAGAAAGAAGGUGAUAAUGGCAGUGAAUGGGUGAAGCACUGGGUGAAGGGAGGACACAACUAUUACUAUAACCUGCAGACCAAUGAGGGCACGUGGGUGGAGCCUGAGGGUUUCCUGCAGAACAACACGCAGCUCAACAAAGACGACAUCCAGUCUGUGGUUUCCGGGGUAACCACGGCCUACAACCGAGAGCAGCUGUGGUUGGCCAACGAGACUCUGAUUACCAAGCUGCAAGCUCGUUGUCGUGGUUACAUGGUGAGGAAUGGCCAGAAGGAGAGGAUGAACUUCCUCAUAUCUCAGGAUCCAGCUGUUACAAGCAUACAGGCUCACUGGAAAGGCUACAAACAGAGGAAGAAGUUCAAAGAUCGUAAACAGUAUCUGAAAGAUCAUUCUGAAGACGCUGUCAAAAUCCAGUCCAUGGUCCGGAUGCAUCAAGCUCGUAAAAAGUACAAGGAUCGUCUGAAGUACUUCCAAGAUCACAUGAAUGAUGUGGUGAAGAUUCAGGCUUUCAUUCGGGCCAACAAGGCCAGGGACGACUACAAGACGCUGACCAGUGCUGAGGACCCUCCGAUGGCGGUGGUGAGGAAGUUCGUCCACCUGCUGGACCACAGCGACCAGGACUUUCAGGAGGAGCUGGAGCUGAUGCGGCUCCGCGAGGAGGUGGUCACCAACAUCCGCUCCAACCAGCAGCUGGAGAAUGACCUGAACCUGAUGGACAUCAAAAUCGGCCUGCUGGUGAAGAACAAGAUCACACUGCAGGAGGUGGUGUCGCACAGCAAGAAGCUGACCAAGAAGAACAAGGGCCAGCUGUCCAACAUGAUGAUGAUGAACAAGCAGAGAGGAGGCCUGAAGGCGCUCAGCAAGGAGAAGAGGGUCAAACUGGAAGCUUACCAGUUCCUCUUCUACCUGUUACAGACCAACCCCACGUAUCUGGCCAAGCUCAUCUUCCAGAUGCCUCAGAACAGAUCCACAAAGUUCAUGGACUCUGUCAUCUUCACCCUGUACAACUACGCCUCCAACCAGAGAGAAGAGUACCUGCUGCUGAAGCUCUUCAAGACGGCGCUGCAGGAGGAGAUCAAGUUAAAAGUGGACCAGAUGAAGGAGAUUGUCACAGGAAACCCCACGGUCAUCAAGAUGGUGGUGAGUUUCCACCGAGGUGCACGAGGACAGAACGCUCUGCGGCAGAUCCUGGCGCCCGUCAUCAAAGAGAUCAUGGAAGACAAAACGCUCAACAUCAAAACGGACCCGGUGGACAUCUACAAGAGCUGGGUGAACCAGAUGGAGACGCAGACGGGGGAGGCCAGUAAGCUGCCGUACGACGUGACUCCAGAGCAGGCGAUGGCCCACGACGAGGUGAGGACAAGACUGGAGGCGUCCAUAAAGAACAUGAAGACCAUCACUGACAAGUUCCUGUCGGCCAUCGUCGUGUCCGUGGAUAAAAUUCCGUACGGGAUGAGGUUCAUCUCCAAGGUGCUGAAGGACACGCUCCAUGAGAAGUUCCCCGACGCCACAGAGGACGAGCUGCUCAAGACAUUUCCUUCCUAAUCUUUUCUUCCUGUUUCCCACUGAUCCUCUUCUUUGCGACUCGUCGACCAGCUGCAGCGUCUCUGCAGGUUAGUCGUGUGUUAC